GGCGGGACUUCGGAGUUUCAUAAUAACGCCGUACUCUUCUGUAUAAAAUAAGAGCUCUGACCGACCUCGUAAACAAAAUGUCUUGCAGGGGUUAAUUGCUAUAUUAAAACAUGAUCCAAGCGACUAUCUAAAAGGGAAUAUUGUAGCCCCUCAAAAUGAAGGGUCUUUUCCUUGUGGAGCCUGUGGUUGCACUGUACGCUUUCUCCAGUUUUCUCAUCUAUCCUCUUGUGCAGCAGUACGUGUACCGGAGGCUCUGGCAGGAGCUGACUAACACUUCCUAUCCCAUAUCUGACAAUGCCUCCAGAUGUGCAGAGAACAGCAGCGCCAGCAACCAUUCCAGCUACUAUAAGGAAGUACAAAGGCAGGCAUCGCUCUUCUCCCUUUACACAGAGCUCUUCUCCACGAUCCCCUCUCUGGUUGUCACCCUCAUGCUUGUGGCCUAUAGUGACCGGGGAGGACGCAAGAUCACAAUCAUCACGCCUUUGAUUGGCACGUUGAUCUACACCUUGUCCUUCCUGGCGGUGUCCUACUUCGAGCUCAACAUUUACUUUCUCAUUGGCGCCUCGAUUCUCAGCUCUCUGUUUGGCGGGUUGGGCACUUUCCUGGGGGGCUGUUUCGCCUACAUAGCGGACUUGUGUGAGGAUGGGCAUCAGAAGACGCUGCGCAUGGCCGGAGUAGACAUGAUGAUUGGCCUGUUGUCCGGGGUGGCUUCAAUAUCAACAGGCUACUUUCUGAGAGCUGCAGGCUUUAACUGGCCUUUCGUAACCUCUGCGUUGUUUCAGUGUUUGAUCCUUUUCUAUGCAAUAUUCAUCCUAGAAGAGACUGUGAAGAAGGCUCCCACUGAUGCCAUUAUUCUGGAUGGGGCUCCUCAGCGCUCAGCCAUGAAACAGAUGCUCUAUGGGGUCUACCAUAUGUUUGCAGGGGCCAGCCACAGGAGUCAUUUGGUUCUCCUGAUGCUAAUCUUCACCAGCUUCUCCUUCGCCUAUGUGGGUGGGGUCUCCUUGAUUACGCUAUAUGAGCUGAAUGAGCCACUCUGCUGGACAGAGAUUCUGAUUGGCUACGGCUCAGCACUGUCCACCACUGUGUUCCUGACCAGUUUCGUAGGAGUGUCAGCGUUCACGUACUGUGGUGUGCCACAGCUGCUCAUUGUCCUGAUGGGGAUUCUGUCCGUCGUAUCAGGCAUGGUCCUGUUGGCGUUUACCAAGACCACCGUUAUGAUGUUUAUAGCAAGGGUGCCAAUGCUUCUGUCUAUAAUGCCUUUCCCCGUUCUGCGCUCCAUGAUAUCAAAGAUCAUCUCAAAGUCUGAGCAGGGAGCCCUGUUUGCCUGUCUUUCCUUCCUGGAGAGUUUAACUAACAAUGUAUCGAUCGCCGUCUUCAGUAGCGUCUAUGCUGCUACAGUGGCAUGGUACUCCGGCUUCAUCUUCACGUUGGCUGCAGGACUCUGUGUCAUCCCUUUGUUUUUCUUAGGAGUGGUGGGUCUGAUGGGAGGGGGUGUUCCCAAAGAGAUCAAUAACCCAGAGCCUGUUUACUCAGGGGAGGAGGAUCUUGUUGAAGACCAGAACGACAACAGUCCUCUUCUUAGCUGAGCCACAUGGACUGCCAAAAACCUCACCAGGUUUUACUUUAGUCAUUUAUGACAAGACACUUUUCCCAAAAGUACCUCAAUGAGUGUUGAUCUCAGUUUGAAGUUAAUAAUGCAGGUUACAGAUUAAUCUCUUGGGUUUUUAUUGCUGUGGUUUCUUUUUGCUCUUGAACUUGAAUGUUAUGAAGAUACAACAGGUAGUUGGAGGCAAACAGGUUCUAAAAGGUUUUUUGACAAGAACAUUUUGGUUUAGGGACAUGCCAAGAUGGUAGCAUAAAUAGGAUAUGAAGCAGUUAUGGGAGUUUAAGUGGCAUGCAUCCAAAGCCUCCAAAUGGCCUGACUGUGACAUUUAACAUAUUCACAAUGAUUUAAUGUGCUUGAUACAGUUUUACCGUGUGAUAUGAUUUGCAAUUGCAGAGUUUCAGUUAUGUUAAGGGUUUCAGUUCUGUCAUACCUUCUGUUGCUUUGUCUCUCCUUUAUUGUGCAAUGUUAGUUAUUGUGUUUACAACAAGCUCCAUUCUCAUGCAAGACAACAAAUAUACAAUUUAGAGACAUUUCAUUAUAAACCCUACUUUAAGUGAAGUAAACACAUGUUAUAGUUUACAUGUGAAUGUAUAAAGAAUGUUAAAUAACCCCCAGAGGGUGGAAUGAGUUUUAAAGAGAACAAGGAAUAUGUUUAUUUAAAAUACAUUACAACAUAGAUUUAAAUGGUUGUCCUCCAACCUAAAUAUUUGCUGACCUAAGGGAUGAUACUGAAGGAAAAGAUCCAAACAAUAUCAUUAUGAUGGGAAAUAAUAAUAUUUAAAACUACAAAAAGACAACAAUUAAACAUUAAUCAGUGGGUUCUCUUCGCCAGGAUGAAGGUUAUAGUUAAAUAUAACAUGGAAAAUAGUGGGGAGCUUAUCAAAUGUGACUGGAAUAUGUUAUUUAUAUGUAUCUACCCUUAAGUGUGCCACAUCAGUUAAAACAGGAUGGAAAUGUAGGUAUCAUAGAAGCACACUUGGAAACGCAGGGAUGUAGUUAGUAUAUUUUCCUUUUCUUUUUUUCAACACUUGUGGUAUUUAUCAUCCUGUUCCUUUGUGUUUACAUGUUUAAGUUCAUGUCUUUGUGUAAGAGCAACUUUUAAAAUAUAAUAAAUGAAAUAUUUUUAAAAAAGACCAUCAAA